AUGUCAUGUCCACGAUGGGAAAAGACCAAAAGCAUAUCACGAUGGGACAAGACCAAUGGCAUGUACACGAUGGAACACGAUCAAAGUCAUGAACACGAUGGGACAAGACCAAAAUCAUAUACACGAUGGGACAAGACCAAGGUUGUGUAUACAAUGGGACAAGACCAAAGUCAUGUACACGAUGGUAUGAGACCAAUGUCAUGUACACGAUGGGACAAGACCAUGAUCAUAUACACAAUGGGACAAGACCAAUGGCAUGUACACGAUGGGGCAAUACCAAGAUCACAUACACAAUGGGACAAGACCAAGAUCAUAUACACAAUGGGACAAGACCAAUGUCAUGUACACGAUGGAACAAGACCCAGAUCAUAUUCACAACGGGACAAGACCAAUGGCAUGUACACGAUGGCUCACGACCGAAGUCAUGAACACGAUGGGACAAUACCAAGACCAUAUACACGAUUGGACAAGAUCAAUGUCAUGUACACGAGAGUACGACACCAAUGUCAUGUACACGAUGGGACAAUACCAGGAUCAUAUACACGAUGGUACAAGACCAAAGUCACGUACACGAUGGUACAAGACCAAUGUCAUGUACACGAUGGGAUAAGACCAAUGUCAUGUGAACGAUGGGACACGACCAAAGUCAUGUACGCGAUGGUUCGAGGCUAA